AUGGUCAAGUGUACUACAUUAAGUGACGGCUCUCUGGAGCGCCUGAGCUCGGCGGACUUCGUGUGCCUGUCUCAGGCGGUGGAGGGUUUCGUGCGGGACACGGAGGAGCUGUGCGGCAGACGCAGCGUCUCCCUGAGGGGGGCGCUGCAGAGCCAGGCCAACCGCUUCGUCCACCGCUUCCACGAAGAACGCAAGACCAAACUCAGCCUCCUCCUGGACAACGAGCGCUGGAAACAGGCGGAGGUUCCUUCAGAGUUUCAGGACCUGGUGAACUCCAUCGCUGAUGGAAGAAUAACACUACCAGAGCGGAAGAUCCCAGGUCCAGAGGACAGGAAGCCCGCCGAGUUCCUGCUCGUUAACGGGCAGAAAUACGCCGUCAUCGGGACGGUUCUGCUGCUGAUCCGGAUCUUUCUGGAAUACUGUCAGUGCGUCAACGACAUCCCAUCCAUCGCCACCGACAUGCUGACGCGUCUGUCGGACCUCCUCAAGCACUUCAACUCUAGGAGUUGCCAGCUGGUUCUGGGAGCCGGAGCUCUGCAGGUUGUCGGCCUGAAGACCAUCACCACCAAAAACCUCGGUAGGACCGGCUGCACCGGCUGCAACUGA